AUGAGGAAGCUUGCUGUUGCAGAUUUUGCUAAGGUGAUGCAAGCUGCUCAAGAGAAGAUGAAUGUUUGGGGGAAGAAACAGCUGUCGUUGGCGGGAAGAGCUUUAUUGAUUAAUACUUCAUUAUUAUCUAUCCCAAUGUAUUUAAUGACUCAUUCAGUCAUUCCUAAUGGAGUUCUACACUUUAUUGAGAGGUUGGGGAGGCAGUUUCUUUGGCAGAAGGACCCCAAUAGCAGAGGCAUGCAUUAUGUGGGGUGGCAGGAACUGUGCAAACCAAAGAAUCAAGGAGGUCUUGGGUUCCAUGAUCUUCUCGUCUGGAAAGGUGCUCUCCGUGCUCGGGUUGUAUGGGAUAUGCUCCGGCAUCCUGAGUCUUUCUUAUACAAAAUUCUGUUGGCUAAAUAUGGUAUGAAGCUCUGGGAUAACAACCAGGGGAAGAACUUUUCAGCUACUUGGAAGAUUAUCCAGGAUGGGGCGUAUGCUCUCUGGCCUAUCUUGAGAUGGAACAUUGGCAAUGGAAUUCAUAUUGAUGUGCUCCAGGAUGUUUGGAUUUUGGAUCGCAAUGUUGCAAAGUGGCCUAUGUUUGUGAAUGUGGAGGAGGUGGAAAAUACUAAGGUGUGUGAUUUCCUGAAUACCUCAUUACAGUGGAAUGAGGAGAUGAUUAAGCGGUGCUUUGGAGAUAUUAUAGCCGAACGCAUAUUGGCAAUUGAAGUUAGUAAUGAUACCCAAGUUGAUAGUCCCGAGCUUAUUCACAAUAGAAGGGAUAUGACUGUUGCUGCAAUGGCUUAUAGGGCCAACUUCGGUGUGGAGGAGACCAACUUUUGCUGGCUCUAUAAUCUUAAGCUACAUCCUCGGGAGAGGUUCUUCUGGUGGAGAUUUGUUAAGGAUGCGGUGAUAGUGGUGUUGGCCAAAUGGGGCUUUGUGCUGCCCAGUGUGAAUUCUUUCCCAGAACGGCUUAAGAUCUCCGGCCGUGAUUGCUGCUGCGGUGCUUUCUCUAUUACUGAAGCCGUUCAAAUGGCCAAUACUGGAGCAAUGGUCAAUGCUGAAGCCGUUCAAAUGGCCAAUACUGAAGCCGUUCAAGUGGAUGGAGGGGCAAAUCUGAUGAUGGCCUGCAGAAUGCUGCAAGGAGCCGGGAGGAUAUUGUGGAUAGGGAAGAAAUGCUAUGUCCGGGUGAAGUAUCUUCAACCGGGGAGAUGGGGGAUCGUCUGGUUGCCUCAAAGGUUCUAA